AUGAGCGAUAUCAAUGGGGGAGGCGGCGUUGUGGGCGAGGUCUCGGAUGUGAUGAGUGAGAAAGGGCGAUCACUUUCUACUGGCUCACCGGCAGGCCAAGAAAACAACGCCCCGAGUCAAAAUAACCUGAGAACGAAGGUGCACCAGUUAUACAAUCGUUGGAUUCUCGAAGUGCUCCUACAACGAAAGACCCUUCCGCCCUCCAAGGAUGGCCGUCACAUCCCUCUCGAUAUCGCUCGGACGAAGCCUCUCGUUGACGAACGUCGCGGCCAUGCCUACAUCUCGAAUGCGAUUCGUACAGCUCGUUACAGCGUUAUCGACUUCUUCCCAAAGCAGCUCUGGUUUCAGUUUACUCGCUUAGGAAACUUUUAUUUCCUCUGUGUUGGUGUCCCGCAGACCGUUCCGGGCUUGAGUACGACAGGAAACGUUACGACAAUCUUGCCGCUCAUGUUCUUCGUGUUGUUGACAAUUGUGAAGGAAGGAUAUGAUGAUUACAAACGACACCGUCUGGACAAGGUUGAGAACGCCACCAGAGCGACGGUGCUUAGGAGAGCAGGGCAUGGCAGCGAGUCUGAACAUGGCCGGCGUGCACUGCUGGGGCUCAAGAAAAACGGAACUACCGCUGCUACUAUACACGAGGAGAAUGAUGGUAGUGAGGCCUUCGGGCCAUUCUACUGGGCUAAAACGGAAUGGAGUCAUCUCAAAGUCGGAGACAUCGUCAAGCUUGCUAGGGAUGAUGAUGUACCCGCAGAUCUCAUCUUGCUUCACGCUGACGGUGAGGAUGGCAUGGCGUAUAUCGAAACCAUGGCCUUGGACGGCGAGACCAACCUCAAGAGCAAACAGGUCUCCCCGGCAUUGAAAGCAUGCAAUUCAAUCGAGGGCAUCAUGUCAUGUGAUGCAGAGUUCGUGGUCGAGGAUCCGAACGCGGACCUGUAUAAAUUUGACGGCCGAGUCACAGUACAAGGGAAGACUUCACCUCUGACUCUGAAUGAGAUCAUCUACCGUGGGUGUACAGUUCGAAACACCAGCACCGCGUUUGGCAUCGUAAUCAAUUCGGGAGAAGAGUGCAAGAUCCGUAUGAACGCGAACCGGCAUCCAAGGGCAAAGAAGCCUGCACUGGAAGCCGUUUACAACAGAAUUGUCCUCAGUCUGGUUGUCUAUGUCCUGGCCUUGACUGCGGGGUGUUCAGUUGGUUACAUGCUAUGGCAAAAUAGAACCGAGAAAGACGCCUGGUACUUGACGGGCGCCUCCGUCCCAGCCGAAGAGAUCAUUGUUGGAUUUGCAAUUCAAUUCAACAAUGUCAUCCCCCUGGCGCUCUAUGUCAGCUUGGAACUCAUCAAGAUCGGCCAGUUACUCAUGCUAAACUCUGACAUCGAAAUGUAUGACGAGGCUUCCGAUACUCCUGCUCGUUGCAACACCAAUACGAUUCUCGAGAAUUUGGGCCAAGUCGGCUAUGUGUUUUCCGAUAAGACGGGAACCUUGACCGAGAAUGUGAUGAAGUUUCGCAAGAUCAGCAUUGCAGGGACGUCAUGGCUGCACGAGGCUGAUGUCCAAACCGAGACUAAUACGCCUGUUAUCGGCAAUGCUUUAGAGACCGUGAAAGAGAACGCACCUCGAUCCAAAUCCUUGGACAUAACCAGAGUGGUGCCGCAGGCCAUUGAACGCAUUAGCUUUCAGGCCGAUGCCCCUUCCUCGCCAUCGAUCACGCGGAGGUCAUCGUCCCAUUGGCGCUCAUCUGCCCGUCCUGACCAUGUCCAGCCUGAGUUGAACACCACUGAUCUGCUGGAGUUUAUCCGACAGAGACCAAACUCACCCUUCUCUCGGCGAGCAAUUCAGUUUAUUUUAUCUGUGGCUUUAUGCCACACUGUCUUGCCAGAGACAAGGGACGGGGAUGUGGAAUUCCAGGCUUCCUCCCCCGACGAACUUGCCCUUGUCGAGGCUGCACGGGACUUGGGCUUCCUGGUAGUACACCGGUCUUCUCAACAAAUUACACUUCAAAUUAGCAACUCGGAUGGAACAUCGAUACAAAGGACCUAUGAGAUCCUCGACGUCAUUGAGUUCAGUAGCAAACGCAAGAGGAUACAAGAGAGGAUUGAAGAUGCCGGCGAAUUGAUCGAACAGAAUCUUGAUCUAGUUGGUGCAUCGGCGAUCGAGGACAAACUGCAGAAAGGAGUUCCCGAAACAAUCGAGAAGUUGCGCAAAGCUAAUAUUAAAAUUUGGAUGCUAACGGGCGACAAAAGAGAAACUGCCAUCAACAUCGCCCAUUCAGCAAGACUUUGUCGCCCCGGCUCUGAUAUAUUCAUUCUCGACAUAUCUAAAGGAGAUUUAGAGGAACAGCUACUCGGUAUUCGGGAGGAGCUGGAGGUUACAUCAUCAGGAUCACACCUUACGCGGCAUACCGUUGUUGUCAUCGAUGGCCACACACUUGGUGCUAUCGAAAAUCCAGUUGAUCCGUCAGCUUCAAAUCCGCACUUGAGAAGCCUUUUCUUUAGCCUCAUCCCGACUAUCGAUUCCGUCAUCUGCUGCCGGGCCUCGCCAGCCCAGAAGGCCCUCCUUGUGAGAGCGAUUCGGCGAGCCAACCCAUCACACACAGCUCCUCUGACACUCGCAAUCGGUGACGGUGCGAACGAUCUUGCUAUGAUAGCAGAGGCACACGUCGGUGUGGGUAUCUCAGGUCGAGAGGGACUGCAGGCAGCACGAGUGGCAGAUUACUCCAUUGCUCAAUUCCGCUUCCUUCAAAGACUACUACUUGUGCAUGGUCGAUGGAAUUAUACUCGCACUGCCAAGUUCAUCCUUUGCACUUUCUGGAAAGAGAUGUUCUUUUAUAUUCCUACCGAAAUAUUCUCUCGCUAUACUGGAUAUACAGGAACAAGUCUCUAUGAGAUGUGGAGCUUGACCGUGCUCAACACCCUGUUUACCAGUUUGGCAGUCAUCCUACCGGGUAUCUGGGAGAAAGAUUUGUCCGCUGAGACCCUCUUGGCUGUCCCCGAGCUCUACGUCUACGGCCAGUUUCACAAAGGCUUGAAUCCGACUAAAUUCUUGGGGUGGAUGAUUGCGGCCGGCGUCGAAGGUGUCCUAGUCUUCUUCGGAUGCUGGGCGGCAUUCGGUGUCUGGGGCCAACUCGGUGCCCACAGCGACAAUGGGCUGUUUGUGCUCGGCAACCUUGUUUUCAGUGUCUGCAUUAUGUGGACCAACUGGAAGUUGAUGAUAAUCGAAACACACCACAAGUCAGUGGUUAUCCUCACUGGCUUCUUCAUAACAGUCGGUGGGUGGUGGUUGUGGCAGGCAUUUUUGGCAGGAGUCUACGCGCAACAGCCGAGCCCAUACGCGGUUCGCGAUGGCUUCUUCCUUAGAUUUGGCAAGGAUCCCGUUUGGUGGCUGACCCUUCUUGUGGUCCUGUUCGUUCUGGUCGGCAUGGAGCUUGGAUACAAGGUUGCCAAACGAACAUUGAUCAUCAUGGGUCUGUGGAAGUGGCGGUGGAGCUGGCUGUGGAGGAUAAGUCGGUGGUGCACCUGGCGGAAGGGCCGUGAGAAGGAACUGAAUAGAAGUUUGGAGGAAUGGGAUCUCGAAUUGUGGCAAGAGAUGGAGCAGGAUCCUCUAGUGAAGGAGAGGUUGAAAGGAAUACUCGAAAGCGAGGAAGACGGUGUUGAAGCAGAGGUAGACGGGAAUGUCGUAGUCAUAGAACUGGGUGCGGUUGACGAAGACGAAGGCAAAACUCGGACAUAG